AUGCGCGUGCUCAAUUACGCAUCACAACCUUCAUGGAUGGGUCUGCUGGCUGCAGCUCUGCUGGGCACUUCAACUGUGCAGGCGAUAGAGCUGGAUAUUGAUGACGGAGAUUCUAUCCGAAAAGUAGCCAAAAAUGUCGCCACCAACAUGAUGAGUUACUACACUGGUAUGAAUCCUGGUGACACCCCAGGUAAUUUGCCGGAUCCUUAUUACUGGUGGGAGGCCGGUGCAAUGUUCAACUCCCUUAUCGAUUACUGGUUCUACACGGGCGAUGAUACCUGGAACGACAUCACAAUGCAAGCCAUGCUCUGGCAAGCUGGAGAGAACAAAGCAUUCAUGCCAGCUAACCAGAGCAAAACCGAAGGAAAUGACGACCAAGUUUUCUGGGCCUUCGCUGCGAUGACCGCGGCGGAGCGAAACUUCCCAAACCCCCCAGCAGAUCAACCACAAUGGCUUGAAAUGGCACAAGCCGUCUUCAACACCCAAGCUCCCCGGUGGGAUACUUCAUCGUGCGGCGGUGGCUUGCGCUGGCAGAUCUUUACAUGGAACAACGGCUACAAUUAUAAGAACACCAUCUCCACAGGCGGACUCUUCAAUCUUGCUUCUCGUCUGGCGAAAUACACCAAUAAUCAAACGUAUCAAGAGUGGGCUGAAAAGGCCUGGGACUGGACUGCCGAAGUUGGAUUCAUGUCCCCCGAGUACCGCUUCUAUGAUGGAGGUAGUGACCUCACCGAGUGCAAGCCAAUAAACCAGAUUGAAUGGACUUACAACGCUGGUGUAUACUUGCUUGGCGCAGCUAACAUGUAUAAUUUGACCGAAGAUCCCAAAUGGAAGGAUCGCACUGAGAAGAUCGUUGAUGCUUCCGGUGUUUUCUUCUCUCAUGACCCACCCGACGUCAUGUACGAGCGAGCCUGUGAGACCGUCAAUACUUGCAUGGUCGACCAGCGAUCUUUCAAGGGAUACUUUUCCCGCUGGAUGGCUCAAACUGCCCAAAUGGCCCCUUUCACAUACGACAAAAUCAUAAAACGCCUAAGAGCCUCUGCGAAGGCAGCUGCCAAGACUUGUACCGGUGGCAUCAAUGAGAAUGUGUGUGGUCUCAAGUGGACAGAGCAAAAAUGGGACAAGACGAAAGACUUCGGUCAGCAGAUGGCUGCUCUUGAAGUCAUUCAAGCGAAUCUAAUCACGCGUGUGACAGCCCCAGUCACUGAUGAUAACGGUGGAACGAGUAAAGGGAAUCCAAAUGCAGGUUCCAAGCCCACAAAAGCGAUUCCGCCCGAACUUGACUACGACAUAACUACAGGCGACAAGGCUGGUGCGGGCAUUUUGACCAUUCUUGUUUUGAUUGGCAUUGGCGGUUCUACUGGAUGGCUAAUUUGGGAAUGA